AUGGCUUUACCUCCAUGGGUUCGUCUUCUGCUGCUCCUGGCAGUCGUCCCUGCCUUCCGUGUCCGCCCACUUGUUGAAGACGUCGAUGGCAGCGUGGCCACCCAGCCCAUGCGGCCAUCUGCAAUCUCAUGCUCAACUGCCAGCAACUACAGCGACGGAAGCCCAUACCAUGUGAACUUGUACCGGCUCCUGUCGGACAUCCCCAUGGCCGUCGAUUCCAACGGCUUCUUCAACGGGACGUUUGGGCGGCAGGCGAUGAGGCCUUCGGCCUCUUCAUGGCACGUCGUGGACACGGUUGGCUUCAGCCAAACAAGGCUCAAGCUGAUUCAUCGGCUCACGGUGAAGGCCACCCAAGCGGCUGUGCGGAUCGCGGAGGGCACACAACCGUUCACUGGUAUGCAGUGGUUGCAGGCGGUGGUGCAGUGCACGAGGGAUCUGCCACCGAGCGAGUGCACACGCUGCCUCUCCUACUACACCGAUCAGCUGCCACGACUGUUCCCAAACAACACCGGCGGCGCCAUCAAAGGGUCGAGCUGCUACCUGCGGUACGCUGUCCUCGCAGAAAAACCGCGGACCGUGCAGGUGCGGAUGGAGAGAUACCUAUAUAGCGAGAAAUAUCGCAGAGAACAUGAGAAGCAGAUGACCAAGAAUGAAAAGUACCGUGAGGAGUACCGCAGAGAACGACGACGAAAUGUGGCCAUCGUUGCCAUCCUUGUCACCAUCUCUAUGGUGCCAGUGGUGUGCCUGAUCGGCACGUUGGUUCAGUUCCUGAGUUACAGGUGGCUAUAUUGGAUGGCGGUGGCCAGGGUUGCUGUGAGAUCAGACCUAGAAAGUCUUGCGAAAGUGAUGGCUUACUAUCGCGGCAAAAGCAUAUACGAAGAUGAGUUCGAGCAAGGUACUGGACCCCGACGGUUCACAUACGAUGAGCUUGUGGCUGCCACCAACGGCUUCUCCAGCCAGAACAAGCUAGGCGAAGGAGGCUUCGGGUGUGUGUACUGGGGGUUCCUCAACGAGGCGAAUCUUCACAUCGCAGUGAAGAAAGUGUCCAAGAGCUCUCGUCAGGGCUGGAAGGAGUUUGUUUCAGAGUCUCGAUGCUCACUUGUACAAGCCGAACUACUUGCUGCCAUGGACAGGCAGGUACGAGGUCGUGUCGUGCACAGGGACGUCAAGCCAAGCAAUAUCAUGCUGAACGCGUCCUUGAAAGCCAAGCUCGGUGACUUUGGCCUCGCAAGGUUCGUCUGCGACGGUCGCGGCUCGCUCACAACAGGUGCAGCCGGGACACUCGGCUUUGGUGUCGUCCUUCUGGAGAUCGCCUGUUGCCGAAGGCCAGCCGUGGCCCGAGACGAUGACGAGGGAGUCAUCAUCCACCUGGUGCAGUGGGUCUGGGAGGCUUACGGCCAAGGGACCAUCCUUGAGGCAGCCGAUGUGCAGCUGGACGGCAAUUUCGUCGAGCAGGAGAUGGAGCAUGUCAUGAUGGUCGGGCUUUGGUGUGGGCACCCUGAUCCCGGCAUAAGGCCAUCCAUCAGGCAGGCCGUCAGCGUUCUGCGGUUGGAGACGCCGCUGCCAAUUCUCCCGGUGAAGAUGCCGGCACGACCCAAUCAACUCGUAACAAAGUUGAAUAGAUAA